CCUCCCUCCCCUCUUUCUUUCCAGAUUGGCACAAUGAAGUUUACAAUCGUCGCCUUCUUCGUCUACACCCUAUCUCUGUACGGGUCGGCUUCCGUACUGGCAGGCAAUUCGGGCUUCGAGAAGACACCCGAGUUACGAUCUUUGCACACCGUGCCUUCAGUCUCUUCCGUCUUUGCCCGUCGCGGACAUCAACUUGGCUACCCUCGCCCUCACUUUAUGAUACGUAAGGUCAAGAAGUCCGAGCCGGACGGUGAUCCUGGCAAAAGGUCGGUCGAAUCCUUUUCCGGCGACAACGAGGGGAAGGAGGACAACGAGGAUAACGAGGAUGAGGAUAACGAAGACUGUGAUGACGACAGCGAGGAAUGUGAUGCUGACGAGGCCGACGACUAUGCCUCGACGGCCUACAAUGAGAUUCAAGCACUGUUCGAGAAGAUAUCAGGUGUGCAUGGCAGUCACCUCCAGGAUAGCGCUCUCGUCGAAACAGUGCCCAAGCAAGCAAGCAGCCCCAUCCUCGAAGCUCCUCAGCAAUCAGAGCCCGAGACGGCUUCCCACUCUCCUUCCAGUGUGAAUGCACAAGCAGACGUCAAGACCACGAAUGAGUCUCUGCCCGCCAAGAGCAGCAAAGCCAAGGCUGUCACAAAACCAUCGGCUACCAAUGACGAGACAGUGAACGACGCAUACCAGUCAAAUUCGGGCGGCACCUAUUCUCACGGCUUGUUGCCCGAAAAGGACUACAAGUGUCCUUGCAAAGACCCUCACGCUACCAAAGAACAUCCUAAUGGUUCCAUCGACUUUCUCAACUGCGGCAUCAACUCUGGCGGCUGGAAGCCUCCCAAUGUCGGCAUUAGCGAUUUGGUGAUGGCGUCGCCGGAACAGGUCGCAUCCAACCCUACAUUCAGGCCUUGCCAGAAGUAUACUGACAUCUUCAAGGAAGCCGCCGAGAAGAAUGGCCUUCCUCCGAUGCUAGUGAUGAGCUUCGCUAUGCAAGAGAGCAACUGCAACGCGAACCUCAGAGGCCCGAAUGGCGAGAUUGGCAUCAUGCAGCUGUCGCCUGACAAGUGCGCGAAUGACCCAUGCUGGGACCCUAGCAAGAACAUCGAAAAGGGCGCCGCCUACUUCAGGAGCCUCCUCGAUGCAAGCAAUGGCAAUGCCAUCCAAGCCAUCGGAUCCUACAACGGCUGGGAGGUCGGUAUGACAAUGGAGCAGGCUACUUCAAAGAAGUACGGCUGCGCAGCACAGAGGAACCUAGACUACCUUUUCCAAACGCUUUCCGGCUUCUGCCAGGGCAAAGACGGCUACAGUGGCGCAUUCAACGUGUACGACAAUCUCAAGAAGUGUUGACGCUUCUGAGAGCCGUAUGUUCUCCCCACCCUUUUUCCCAUACAAUGGUCUCCCUCAUCAUUACACAAUGUCUCUUGUUGUCCUACUAUGAGCAGUGCAUGUCUGAUCGGUUCCAGAGUGGUCCGAGGAGAAAUGUAACGCUUUGACGAUGG